AUGGGCAUAAGCAAUUUUAAGCAUAUGAGAUUCCUGGGCAUGAAUUUGAAUCCAUUGGCAUGCAAAUGCUUGAUCUUGGCUGCAAUUUUUCUGGUUUUUAGAGCAGCUUAUCUUCGCAGUUAUUCUGUAUUCAGUGGAGUUAGCGGUGGCGACUUAUUUGCUUUCAAAACUCGGCCAAUAGCAUUAGAUUCGCAUACCCAUGGACAAAAGAUCAAGUUUUUAGAGGUCCCACAAAUCGUUUGGGGCUUGAAUAAUCAAAAAAUUGCAUUUGCUAGAGCUUGUCUAACAGCAAGGAUGCUGAAUAGGACACUUUUGAUGCCCAGCUUGAGUGCCUCGCUGUUUUACAAAGAGGUUGAUCUGCUUAAACCCAUUUCGUUCGAUAAGGUUUUCAAAUUCGACAAGUUUAAUUCCCUAUGCGAAGGUUUUGUCCGAUUGGGCCAAUAUUCUGAGGUUUCGAACACAAGUGAUGCGAUCGAGCUGCAGAAGGGGAGCGGGAGGAAAUGGACGGUACAGAUCGAUUUAGAUCAGUUGAUCCGGUUUAGCAAGCAUCCUUAUGAUGAAUACGAGAUAAUCAAGAUAUCCGGGAAGAACCCUUUUCUGUGGCACGAUCACUGGCCCGUUAAAGACUAUGCAAAGAUAUUUAGAUGCUUAGUCUUGGAGGAUAGUAUAUCCAGAGAAGCUGAUAGGGUUGUUUCUAAAAUUAGAGAAAUCGGGUUUGAAGAAAGCCGUAAAGUCGGCUCUUUUUGGAAUGAGAGCAAUUUGUCGCCCCAAAUGGCGCCUUAUAUAGCCGUACACAUGAGAAUCGAAAAGGAUUGGAUGAUCCAUUGCAAGAAACUUGAGCAAAGAUUAAAUGUUAAUGAAAUAUGCAGCAGCAAGGAGCAGAUUAUGCAGAGAGUGGGAAAUAUAAAGGGUUUGAAAACUCCAAUAGUUAUCUACCUCGCAAUUGCGGAUGAUCUUCUUGAAGAUAACUCGACACUUUCUGGCUGGAAAGAAGGAUUUUUUCCUCUUGACAAGAAAAAAAUGGGCUUUCUUGAUGUGUACAAAAAGCAUCCGUAUUUAAUUCAAUCGGCCAUCGACUAUGAAGUUUGCUUGAGAUCGAACGUGUUUGUGGGGAAUAGCUUUUCGACCUUUUCGAGCCUUGUGGUGCUCGACAGGACUCAGAAAAUGAUUGAUAUGGGUGUCGAAGGAUUGUGUGGGAUAAAUGUUAGAUGGCCUUGUUAUGCAUAUAAUAUCGAAGGUGAAUUAGAGGGUCCUCAUUCGUGGGCGACUAAUAUGUCUGAUCCUAGCCUCCAAGCGAUUAGCUAUGGUUCUACACACGUUUCUUGUUGA